GUCAAUAGACCAAUAACCAAUCAGAUAGAGGUGUACUCUGUACUUUACUCUUUGCAGAAGUGAAAGAAAGUGUCAAUGGAGGUCAUGCAUUUGUAUGCAUUUUGUUAAUACCUAUAUUGAUAAAUGAAGUCGAAAUAAUUCACUAUAAGUCUGAUGAUUUUUUAUGCCGUGAUGUGCAAAUGUGAACAGGAUUACAAGCCAAUAACGUAGUAAUGGCAGAUCAGUUUUGUUUACGUUGGAACAAUUUCCAAACAAACAUCGUCAGUGCAUUAGAUUCUCUCAAAUGUUCGGAGGAUUUGGUAGAUGUUACUCUCACUUGUGAAGGCAGAAACAUCAAGGCCCACAAAGUCAUACUGUCCGCAUGCAGCCCGUACUUCAGGAAUGUGUUCAAGGAAAAUCCCUGUCAGCAUCCAGUAAUAAUACUGAAAGAUGUAUCAGCUGAUGAUAUAGUCAGUUUGUUGUCCUACAUGUAUCAAGGCGAAGUGUUCAUUGAAGAAAGUAAGCUGUCUUCAUUUUUGCAUACAGCGGCACUAUUACAAGUUAAAGGACUGACAGGUGUAACACAACAGAAGGAGAAUGUUACUUCACCAAACACUUCUAACAAACUUUACACACAAUUGACAAUAUCUUCUAAGUCUACAUUUGGUGCUAAUCAUAAAGAAGCAAAGUUACCAGCAUUGAAAAAGAGAAGAAGCAGCACUUCCGAUAAGCCUAAUGAUGUUACCAUUGGUGAUAGCCAUAAGAAAAGUCGUGUACUAGAUACAUGUGAUCUUUAUAAUAGGAAAGACAUUUCUCAGUUAACUAAAACAGAUUAUGCUGUGUUUGUUCAUGAUAAUAUUGGAGAGAAAAAAAGUGAUAGUAAAAAUGAGCAAAAUGUGACUACUAAUGGAAAGCCAUUGAUAUCAGCACAGUUAAAUUCGCACGGAGAUAACAUUCCAGUGACUAUAAAAGCAGAACAAAUUGAUGAUGAAAUUCCUCAAGAACUGUCAAAAAAUACUAAUUACGAGAAUGAUGAGAGUCUUCCAGAUUAUGAAAAUAGCAUGUUAGCUAGAUCUUUGCUAUCUGGCAUUAACCCUUCCAAGAAUGAUGUGAGUGCCAAUAUCGUAAAAAAAGUGGUAAGUGUAGAUCUUCCUACAACACGAUCAAAAGAAACAACAACAGAAUCAAUCAAUUUUACAAAUGCUAUGUCUAAAAGUCCAUUAAAAACUCUUGCAUCAGAAGAGCUGCUAGUGAAACCUGAAAAACAGUCACCCAAAUCAGAAACUGAAUACGAACCUGAAGUUUUAUUAUCCGAACACCAAGAUGGUAUGGACUCUGAGAACACUUACUCACAAGAGCAAUCUCAAGCGUUAUUGCUGUUAGCAGGCAUGUCAACAGUCUCUGUUCUUGGUUCAGGGGCCUCGACAUCCCAAGGCAUCUCUCAUCAGCAAUCAAAUCAUGCAGCUAUAUGUGGAGAUUGUCCCCACUGUGGAAUGAAAUAUUCGAAUCAAUCUGCCCUAAAAUAUCAUGUAAGAUUAAUGCAUUCAGAUUUGACUAAUCGAUUAUGUUGUUAUUUAUGUCCAAGAUCUUUUACAAUGCGAGAGACUUUUAAGGAACAUAUGUGGACAAGUCAUGGUCAAAGAAAUUAAUUAUACUUAUGUUAUAAAGAUGUGCCUUAAAUUGUUAUUGCCGUGUGGCAGCUAAUAUGAGACAUGCGCUUAAGUGCCUUUUGAUGGAAUUAUGCCUUGUUAAAUAUCUUUAGAUAAACAUAGAAAUAUAGAAUAAAAGAAAUUAUUUAUAUGAUGUUACGUUUUGUGACUUUUGAAUGAAUUAAAAAUGCAUAGAUAUUGCAUUGUGAUAUUGGUUUAGGAUUGAUAUGACUAAACAAGGACGUAUUUUACUUUCUGCAAGAUCUAUUUAUUAUUUUGUUGAUAUUAGAGGCAUGUAACAUGUUACCGAUGUUUUCCAUUAGACUCCCUAAUGAUGCUAUUAGAAAUCUUUUAUUCAAGAUAUCAUAAUUUGUAUAUAGUUGGAAUUUAAUUUUUAAAUAAUCAAGUUUUUUUUUUAUAUGGUGAUAACUCCCAAUAUUUAUAAAUAUGUGAAAAAGGUUAUCAUUUAGAUAUUAGACUUUUUAAUAUUUUUUUGAUUUUGUUCAUAAAAAAAUUGAGUGUUUAUUAUUAUAUAUAAUAUGUUUUUUAUAUUGAUAAACAAUAUUUAAAUGGUUGUAUCAUAAAGUGAGUAUAAUGGAAAAUCUUUUAUUUACACAUGCCUGAUGUUUUUAAACUAGAAUUUAUGUGUUUUAUAAUAUUAUUGAAUAUAGUAGUCUAUAUUUCAGAGGUGCGUACUAAUACUUAGUACCUAUAUUUGAAACAGUUAUAUAGUAAGUACUUUUGGAAAAUAAUUAUAUUUGGUGCUUUUGGUGGAAUUAUCGAUUAAAAUGAAAAAAAAAAACGACUGACAGCACUUGAAUGAUGCUGAUGUUAUUACAAUAUUUUUUACCUAAAAUUCUGUAUUUAAUAGGGUUUAUUUUAUUUAACUCAUUUGCCUUAAAUAACUGAUGAAAUAUUUCAAACUUUAUAUUUAUAAAAAAUAUAAUUGGCCUUAAAUAAUGGAUGACAAAUAUUUUUGUUUUGUGUAUAAAAAGAAUAUUUGUUGUAAGUCUACAACAGGUAGUAUACGAUUAUGUUGAGCAUAGUAUUAUGAAUAUGGUUGACUUUCUAUAUGAAUUUUCUAUAUCUAUUACAAUGUCUUGCCUCUAUAGUGCUUUUAAAGGGCAACAAAUAAUACUGUUCGAAUUAUAAAUUUACAUUUUAAUUUUAAUUUUUUUUUUAUAUUUUUAGUUCCAUUUAUUUUGUUUUUUAAUUAUAAUUUAAAUGAUAAUCAUUUUAAUAAUUUGGUGAAUAGUGCCAAAAUGUAAAAAAUAAGUUAUUAAAUUAGUAGAAAUUUAUUAGGUAUGUUACCAGUUUGAUUAACUUUGAUAGUAUUUUAAUUAAGAGAGAUAUGAAAUAGAGUUGAUAUAAAAAUUAAACAGUACUCUGUUUAUUUACCACUGUGAAAAAUACGUAUUCAAUUAUACAAAUAAUAUUAUUUUCGAAUGUUGGAUAGAUAUAUAGAUUUAUUAAUUCAUAUUUAAUUAUUAAUGAUAAAUUAUGUUACGUACUGUGAAUUGUUAAUCUGUUUUUUCAGAGUUUUACAAGAUUUACAUUUUAAAUAUUACGUUAUGAAUAAAAGUAUGCUUCUUAAUAAAGUCUUUUAUUUCGGAGAAAAACUAAAAACAAUAUUUUUAAAUAUAACAUAGAUGUUAUUGGUAUAGAAAUUCGAAAUAUAUAUUUAUAAUAUUGAAUUUCGCAAAUAUAAAAUGUAAUAUUUUGAUUUUCUUAUCGGUUACAUAAAAUAAAUAAAUAUCGGACAACAUCACACACAUUGUUCC